AUGGACUCUGACCUUCCCCCCGAUCCAUAUGCCGCCCUCGGCGUGCCCAAGAACGCAGAGGCGGCCACCAUCAAAUCCACAUACCGCAAGCUCGUCCUGAAGUGCCACCCGGACAAGGUCACCGACGAGUCGCUCAAGCUGCAGAAGCAGGACGAGUUCCACAAGAUCCAGAGCGCCUACGAGCUUAUUGGGGACGAGGACAAGCGCGCCGUCUACGAC